CCCACCUGUGCCCAGCAGUGCAACCACCUGUGCCACCCAGCAGUGCCACACACCUGUGCCCAGCCUGUGCCCACCAGUGCCACCCACCAGUGCCCAGCAGUGCUGCCAGUAAGUGCCACCAGUCAGUGCACAGCAGUUGCAACAGUCAAUGCCUAUCAGUGCCGCCAGUCAAUACCUAGCAGUGCCGCCAGUCAGUGCCCAGCAGUGAUGCCAGUCAGUGCCACCUAUCAGUGCUGUCUAUCAGUACCCAUCAUCAGUGCCGCGUAUCAGUGCUACCUAUCCGUGCCACCUCAUUAGUGCUGCCUAUCAGUGCCUAUCAGUGCUGCCUCAUCAACACACAUCAGUGAAGGAGAAAAAUUACCUGUUUG